GUCGAUGACCAUUGUUAACAGAGCAGCUGGAAAGUUUGACAAGUCAAUAUUUUAUCGAUCAAAGAAUUCAUCACUGUCUCAUAAUGUCCAAUAUUGGGAAUUUGGAUCAGCAAAUCGCGAGUUUACAAAUUAACCAUGGAGACGGCAAUAUCGAAACCGUUAAAUCGGGUAAAAAGGUGGGACCUGCCGUUCCUCCAAAGCCAAAAAAAUCACAGCCUCAGGUACCGCAAAGUUAUACAAUAAAGGCAGCCUCGAUUCCGUCGUACAGUACCGUUUUGAACAAUACCGGUUCAAACGAGAAAGCCGCGAACAUUUAUAUGAAUUCGCCAACUCCUUAUGCAGCCUUGAAGCUCGAAAAAAAUGAAUUUACGUGUCCGGCGCCGACAAAUGGCGGCGGCAAGCCGGCCAAAUUUUACCAGAACAACGAGAACUUUUACACGAAUCAGGAGGAGAAGUUUGAGCCAAAGUAUAGUUAUGAUGACAAACAUUUUUAUUCGAAUGUUGGGAAUAUUGCCGCGCCGCAGGUGCCCGUUGACGAUAGAUCGGCCGGUGCGGGAAAAAAUGCCCUCUAUAGCAAUGUCGUUGAGUCGACAAUGCCGAUUUCUAUUCCACAUUCCUCGAAGCAGGAAAAGGAUUUAGUCUACAGCAACAUUCAGUGGAACACGAAACCGGAAAAUACCUACUCCAACAUUCCUGGCGGUCACAGCACGGAAACGGGACUUGGGGGCGGCGGAAGUUCCUCCGGAGGCGGAGGAAAACUUCCGGGUAAGCAGGGAACGUAUUCUGUCGACGCUUUGACGGACCUCUUGGUGCAAGGAAUGGAGGACAACUCCGAGGAUAAUGAUAUUUAUGGAAUUUGUGCAGAAUGUGGUCACAAAGUCGAGGGCGAAGGCACAGGUUGUUCAGCGAUGGACAAAGUUUUUCACAUUACCUGCUUUUGCUGCUUCAUUUGUCGCAUUAAUCUGCAGGGAAAGCCAUUUUACUCUCUGGAAGGCAAGCCCUACUGCGAGGAGGAUUACUUGAAUACACUCGAGAAAUGUUGCGUCUGCACCAGACCUGUCUUGGAUAGGAUUUUGAGAGCGACUGGAAAACCCUAUCAUCCGUCCUGCUUCACCUGUGUCGUUUGUGGACAGAGUCUCGACGGAAUUCCAUUCACGGUCGACGCUACCAAUCAAAUUCACUGCAUUCAAUGCUUUCACAAGUAG